GUAGUAUGGAAAAUUCGGUUUGUUAUUGUUUUUGUGGUGGAUUGAAACAAUCGAAAAUGUCAGUUUCCGUCGAGGACAGGAGGAAAUAUCUCAUGGAUCUAGAGGAAUACAUCAAUAAAUCAAAACAGCAGCUUUCAUCUAUUUUGAACUCGUUGAACUGGUCCCAUGAUUCUCUGAUGGAAGAGGAGCCGAAAAUGGUAUCUUGUCCGCUGAACCCUGAGCAUCGCAUGCCCCAACGGAGUCUGGAUAGGCACUUGAAAAAGUGCUCUCUUCGUCAAGAGGGCUAUCAAUCUGAUGAAGAAUUUCUUACAGCGUCAGAAUUUCCUUCAUCCUCCACAGUACUGGGUCCAGAGAAAUUUCAAGAAGCGUUGUUUAAAGCUACAUCCAGUCAUGUUGACAAUCUAGCACCAGGAUCAACAGAGCCCCGACCUCCACCUAGGACCUCAGCCCGUUUGCUAACUGACUUUAGUCCAUCUGAGCGUAAUGCUUUGCAUGAGGAUGUGAUCUCUAGGACAUCAAGGCCAUUGAUUACAGCGGAAGAGCUCCAGUUGCCGUCUUUUAAUGACAACAAGCAGUCCCGUCCUAAGUCCAAGCUAGAGCUAUUAGCCGAACAGAGGGAUGCUAAGCGCCGACGCGUGACCCACAAAAAAGUUCACACAUCACGCAAGACCCACACCGAGGUUUUAAGAGAGGUUAUCCGGAAUCAAAUGGAAUACAUUCAGUCUCAGGAUUCUGAGACAAAGUCAGGCCCAUCAACUGAAUGAAGUUUUGAAUGUGCUAUUUGUCUUUCUCAGGUUGUAAUAAUCCCAGGGUUGAUGAAUGAAACUCUUCAUAUAA